AUGCCAGUGGACGAAAAAGUAGCGAACAUUUUCAAUGCCUUCUCCGGCCUGAAGGAAAAGGUGCGCAGUCGAAUUCCGGAGAAUGUCACCGAAGCGGCGGAACGACUGCGCAUCAACCGCCGCCCUAAUGAACAACAUGAGAUGGGCACGUUUCGAAGUUUUGAACACCCUGACGGCACUAUGGCCCCUGGUGCUGGGCCUGGAAUGGUUCCAGGCUACGGGGGAGUCGGCGGCGGUGGUCAGCAGAUGUACAGUGAGUACACCGAGGGUGGGGAGCAGCAGUUCAACGGCAAUCCCUUCCUCACCGACAACGGCGCAGUAGGGGAAAUUGAUCCCCACACGGGCUUGAGCGGCAAAAUCUCGGCAUGGCAAGCGGGCUGGAAUGUCACCAAUGCAAUUCAGGGCAUGUUCAUCGUCAGUCUGCCCUUUGCGGUGCUGCACGGCGGCUACUGGGGCGUCUUCUCGCUGGUCUUCGUCGCCUACGUGUGCUGCCACACGGGCAAGAUCCUGGUGGACUGUCUGUACGAACCAAAUGAACAGGGCCAGAUGGUGCGAGUGCGAAGCAGCUACGUGAUGAUCGCAGAGGCAGUAAUGGGCGAGCAGUACGGCGGCAUUCUGGUGAACAUCGCCCAGAUCAUCGAACUGGUCAUGACCUGCAUCCUCUACGUCGUCCUCUGCGGCGACCUUCUCAUCGGCUCCUUCCCCGACGGGGCCAUCGACCAGCGCUCCUGGAUGAUGCUCUGCACGAUGCUCCUCCUGCCAUGUGCAUUCCUCACUGACCUCCACUCGGUGUCCACGCUCAGCUUCUGGUGUGGCAUCACGCACAUCGUCCUCAACAUCAUCAUCUUUGGCUACUGCUUCCUCCAGAUUGGCGACUGGCAGUUCUCCAAGGUGACCUUCCACCUGGACGGGGCCACCUUUCCCAUCACCCUGGGCAUUGUCGUCUUCAGCUACACCUCGCAGAUCUUCCUGCCCACACUGGAGGGAAACAUGGAGAAUCCGGCAGAGUUCCGCGACAUGCUCGACUGGAGCCACAUUGCCGCCGGCGCAUUCAAGGGCCUCUUCGCCUACAUCGGCUUCCUCACCUUCGGCGACGAGACGCAGGAGGUGAUCACGAACAACCUGCCGACGCGUGGCUUCAAGAUGCUUGUCAACAUGACACUGGUGGCGAAGGCGCUGCUAUCCUAUCCUCUGCCCUACUUCGCCGCCUCGCAGCUCUUCGAGUCGGCGCUCUUCCGCAGCAAGCCCACUCUGGAGCGACCUGACGGCGAGGGCAGCCAGCCCUUUCCCACCUGUUGGGGACGGGAUAAUGAUCUGCGUGUCUGGGCACUCACACUGCGCGUCGUUCUCGUCCUCUUCACCAUGUUCAUGGCCAUCUCCAUACCUCACUUUGCCAUUCUGAUGGGCCUGAUUGGCAGCUUCACCGGCACUAUGCUUUCCUUCGUCUGGCCGUGCUACUUUCACAUGAAGCUAAAGUGGGGCACGCUGGACAUUCAGACCAUCGCCUGGGAGGUCUUCAUCAUCGUCAUCGGCGUCCUCUGCGGCAUCAUCGGCAUCAUCACCAGCUUCACGGCACUGGUGGAGGCGUACCAUCUGCCGCUGCCCUAUCAGGUGCCGCAGGCCAUGUAG